AUGGCUGGCUAUUCAUUUCAAUCAUCUUCUUCAUCUGGAGGCGGUGCUGAUAGCGCGUUCCAACAAGCCGAUGCAAACCGUGAUGGACGUGUCGAUAUCAAUGAAUUUCGUAACUUUGCUGGUCAAAACCUCGGUGGUAGUAGCGGUGCUGGCUACGAUUCAGGUUCAUUAUCAUAUGGUGCUGGAUCUGGUGCUAGUUUCGGUGCUGGUUAUGGCGGCGGCUCUGGCGCUAGUUAUGGUGCUGGUGCAGGUGCAGGUUUUGGUGCUGGUGCUGGUGCAGGUGCAGGUGCAGGUGCAGGUGCAGGUGCAGGUGCAGGUUUUGGUGCUGGUGGUUCAAGCUACGAAUUAUCAUCGUUUGAAUCAUCAUCAUCUGGUGCUGGUUUCGGUGGUGGUUCUGAUGCAUCAUUCUCACUCGGUGGUGGUCUUGCUGCUGGUGCUGGAGCUGGUGCCGCUGGUGGUGCAAGCAGCUACGAAUCAUAUUCAAGCAAUGCUGGAUUCUCUGGUGAAGCUGGAGCCGCUUUCGGAUCAUCAGGAUCAUCAGGCGUUGCUGUAACCCAAUAUGCUACUGAUGCUCAAGGACUCUUCAAAGAUCCUAACCCACAAAUCAUCCGCCGUGCAGCUGUUGGUGGUGUACAAACAUACACACAAAGCAUCAAAGUUCGAUUCCUUCAACCACCACCAAUACCACCACCAGGCCCACUCAUCAUCAAGGAAGUACGUCCACCUCAACCACCUCCACCACCACCACUUCGUAU